AUGGCCGCGGCCGCGGAUGGCAGCUUUGCGCUGUACCAAGCGCUGGAGCUGCAAAGGGACGCCGAUGCGUCGGAGAUCAAGCGAUGCUACAGGAGAUUGGCUUGGCUUUACCAUCCCGACAAGGGAGGUGAUCCUGAGAGGUUCAAGGAAAUCAGCUUUGCUUAUGAAGUGCUCAGUGACCCCGAGAGACGCGCUCAGUACGAUGCCAAAGGCGACGCCUUGUUUUACAGCGGCCCCCCGCGGAGUGCCGAAGAGCUGCGGGAGAUGCUCAUGCGCCAAGGUCCCGGUGGUCGUCUCCGUGUGGGUCGCAGCGCGGAGAAGUUUGCGGUGCUGAAGCUGUCCCUGGAGCAGUUGUAUACAGGCUGCACCAAGAAGCUCAUUGUGAAGCGAAAAGUGGUAGAUACUUCGGAGGCAGUCCGGCCAUGUGCACAGUGCGCUGGGAGAAGAAAUCCCUUGCCCGAGCUGAUCCGCGGAGCCUGCCGUGGCUGCAACGGCAGAGGGAAGACUUGGAAAGUUGGGCAUGUUUCAGAGGACUUGGAGGUCUAUGUGCCGAAGGGUUCUGCGCAUGGUGAAACCAUCCUCUUCAGGGGGAAGGCCGAUGAAGAGCCAGAUUGCGAAACUGGUAACUUGUUGGUGGUGCUUCAUGAGGAGGAACAUCCUCGUUUCAAGCGAAGGGGUGCUGAUUUGUACAUGAAGUUGGAGAUUAGCCUGUGUGAGGCCCUGCGGGGCUUUCGUCGCGUGCUGCAACACCUGGAUGGUCGGCGCUUCGUGGUUGUGUCAACGGAAGCGCUGGAGGUCUUGGAAAGGGCCAGCUUCAAGGCUGUGAAGGGGCAAGGAAUGCCACUGAAGGGACAACCCUUCAGCUUUGGAAAUCUCUUCCUACAGCUGAAGGUAGGAGCCCUCAAUGCUGGAGUUUUUCAACAAAAUCCGUGGGAGCAAGCUCUGAGGGAACGCUGGAUUGAAUUCUUGGGGUUCCCGAGGGGAAAUUUGGGUGAACUGAUCUGGGGACAGUUGAAGACACAGCCACCCGUGGUUCCUUUUUGCUUGAACCAAGCCAUAUCCAUAUGA